AGGAGCGGAAUGGGACGGAACAGGACGGUGGAACGGGGGGUGCGCCACAGUUCGUUUUCGGCGCCCGUGCACUGACUCUGAAUCCAAACUUCUUGCCUCAUCGCUUAAAGAAGACUUCUCCAAACGCAAGGAAGAUUUGUGACUGUUUCCUUUGGCAGUGACAAUCAAAUGAUUUAAAAGAAUGACAGAGGGCGUUUAGAUUAUUUUAUCUGCGCAAAAAAGCGAAAGUGGCGUUAUCCGUUGGUUUGGUCUGUCUUUCAGUGAAAGGGACCAAAACAGGUCUGGGGCUGUGCUGAAUACGCGCUGGACAUUAUGGAUCGGUAGUAUGAAUUUCUUGGGGUGUAGCGAGGUUCCUCUAACUACGGCGCAGACCUCGCCUCGCUACUUGUAUGGAGUAAAAAGUUCGGCUACUGUAGGAAUUCAAGAAUUUUUAAGAUAUUAGGUACUGUUUAAUCUCGACCCUUAUACGGGAUGGCUGGACCAGUUCCGCUUAUUUUGGUGCUUGCUUUGACUUUUUGCGGAGACGCCUGGAGUGCGUCGUACCCUCAGCGUUUCAAUUUGUAUGCAGGGAGCCAGACCCAGACACAGGCUCUGAACGGAGCGAGGGCAGCGAGCAGACACAGGAACUGGUGUGCGUACGUGGUGACAAAGACUGUGAGCUGCAUGGUGGAGGAUGGCGUGGAGACCUACGUGAAGCCUGAAUAUCAGCCAUGCUCCUGGGGUGUGCAGUGCACCCGUGUUGUAAUGUAUCAUACCUACAUGAGGCCAAGAUAUAAAGUGGCCUACAAAAUGGUCACAGAAAUGGAAUGGAAGUGUUGCCACGGUUAUAGUGGAGACGACUGUAAUGAUGGAGUUGACGGGGGAUCUGUCACUCAGAUCUCCACAGCCAGACCCUGGCCAAAACCUUCAAACCCUGGACAUGCAGGCACAGCUACAGGACAUGGGCAGAGUGGAGGACCUGGGAGAGGUGACAGUGACAAGAUGAAGCACCUAGAGGACAAAAUCCAGAGUUUGACAAAAACCAUUAACGAACUGCAGUCGACGUUACACAGCGUGACGGAGAGGAUGGAGGAAGAACUGCGGAAGCCCCCUGCUGACGCUGCCCAGCCUGAGAUGAAAAAGACCAUUCACAGCAUCCAGACCAAACUAGACCAGCUGGAUAACAGAACUCAAGCUCAUGACAAAACUUUAGUCAGUAUCAACAACCACCUGGUGAAUGGCAGAGGAGGGGGGACUGAUCUGACGGGGGGUGGUAGUGGCCACGAUGACAGGUUCAACACUAUGAAGGAGGAGAUUCUGCGUGAGCUGGAGCACAGGGUCGCGCUGUCCUGCUCGGCCUGCCAGGCAGGGGUGGACGACCUGAGGAGGCAGCAGCAGUUAGACAGAGAGAAGAUGCAGGCUCUGGAAAAGCAGAUUAAUGCCAUUGAACAGUGGCACCCUCAGGCCCUGGAUGGUUUGAGUCGCGCUCAAGGCUGCUGUGAUGUGGUCAUAGACUUCAGAGCAAGACUCAAUGACAUGGAUGAGAAGAUUGGCUCGAUGUCAGAGACUUGCAAUAGCCUGCAGAAUCGACUGGACAAAGAGCUCAGAGAAGAUGAUGGCAGCGGGAGUGUUGGAGGAGUAGGGGGUGGAGGAGGUGGAGGUGGAGGAAUAGGUGGAGAAGGAGGAGGACCAAGAAUAACAGAUGACACAGGACUAGGAGGUGGAGUAGCACCAAAAAUAACAGAGGACACAUUUAACAGUUAUCUGCGAGACCUGGAGAGGAAACUUAACAUCUCAGAAAAUGAUUUGGAAGAUUUGUUCCAAAAAGGGCUGAGAGACCUACACAACAAUAUCAAAAGCCAUCUUGAACAGCAAGAUUACAAAAUUUCACUAGUAGAUUUAGACAUAGGUCUUGUAAAAGAGAAUGCGUUUGAUCUCGACAAGCGGCUGCACCAGCUGGAGAAUGUCACGUCCCACAUAGAGAGGGGGAUAACUGGGUGCUCUUUGUGCUCUGGCCCUGAGGGCAACUCUGGAGGUGCUUCUGCCCCUGGCUCAAGAAGACCCUCAGGGGGAAGUGACAUCAGCUCUAAUGACACAGUGAAAUCUCUGGAAUGGAGAGUUUUUGCCAAUGAGGAUGAGAUCAAGAGGUUUGACACACGACUCAAAGACCUCUCUGUGUCUGGGGACUCCCUCUUGACUAAGGUGAAUGACCUCAGCCAUGACAUCAACCAGAUUUUAGCACUGACCGGGGAGCACUUCAACAGAAUCGUUACAGAGAUUGGGAACUGUGAUCUUUGCAGAACAGUUCAGGAUGAUCUGAGGGAGCUAAAGAACAUUACAAACCAAGCUAUGGACAAGUGUCAAACUGAUAUUAAUUCCAUAAAGGGCAAAGUGGAUUAUGAGCAAACAGCAUGCUCAGAUGUGUGCUCUCACCUGCAGGAGGAAAUGACUAAACUUAAACAGGAAGUGCACAAAUGCAACGGGCAAUGUAAGAUCAGUAUGGAGACUCCAACAGGAACUGGAACAAGUGCCCUGGAUGACCCCCAGAAACCUCUAGAUGGCCACAGCGUCAUCGGCAGCAACAACGGCAACCUCAGAUCAAUCCAGGGAGAGCUGUCAGAGGUCAUCUUAACUUUCAGCUCCAUCAACGACACGCUGAAAGGGCUGGAGCACAGCGUCCACAAACACGAUAGCGUCAUUACUGACCUGGGCAACACCAAGGACAAGAUCAUCUCAGAGAUUGACAAGAUCCAGCAGGAGGUGACAGAGCAUAUAGAGGACAGCAAGAUACGCUUUGACAACAUAGAUCAGGAUGUGAGGCGCUUCGGAAGCUUUGUGGUAGAGACGGGUGACUGUAAGAGGACCGGCGAAGGCCUGGACAGGAGGCUAUCUAAACUUGAGGCAGUGUGUGGCCGGCUGGACUCUGUAUCUGAGAACUUACAGAAGAUCAAAGAAGGCCUUAACAAGCAUGUGUCCAGCCUGUGGAACUGUGUCAAUGGGCUCAACGCCACAGUGACCUCACAAGGCGGGCUCAUUGAUACCAUCCAGAACACACAACUGGACAGUAUCCAUGGCAAGGUCAAGCAGAUCAACUCAUCACUGCUACAUGUUCUUAAGCAGUUCCAGAGCAUAACUGAGCAAGACCUAACAGGUCUACCUGGGCCACCAGGACCUCCUGGACCACAAGGAAAGGAAGGCGCACAAGGUAGACCAGGUGUGGAUGGCCCAAGAGGACCCCCAGGUCUCAAGGGUGAAAAGGGUAAUCCAGGUGCAGACGCCCUCCUACCUCAUAUCUCCUUCUCUGCCGCUCUCACUAAUCCCAUGUUUACUGCUGGAACUAUAAUCUUUGACAAGAUCUUUGCUAACAAAGGAGAAUUUUAUGAUCCACGAACAGGGAUCUUUACAGCACCAGUGGAUGGCCACUACUUCUUCAGCGCCAUUCUCACAGGCUACAAGAACGAGAAGAUCGAGGCUGUGCUGUCCAAGUCGAACUACGGCGUAGCGCGCGUUGACUCGGCUGGCUACCAGCCUGAAGGCCUAGAGAACACACCGAUGGCAGAAGCCAAACCCACACCAGGGUCUCUGGCCGUCUUCAACAUCAUCCUGCCGCUGCAGAUGCAGGACACUGUCUGCAUUGACCUGGUCAUGGGCAAACUGGCACACUCGGUGGAGCCUCUCACCAUCUUCAGCGGGGCACUCCUCUACGAGGACGUGUAGGAGGCCGGGAGGUCCUGGCCAGACGGAGCAGGGUGACCCACGCGAGUCCCCAGGCAAAUGACAACCAGCGAAAUGACGGUGACAGAAAAUGGCCCGCUGAGUGAUGACUACCAGGUGGAGAUGAUUUUUCCCUGGUGUCAAUAUCAAACCCACUGAUGUUGUUAAACUUGUGAACUCCUUGGAGACAAAAUAUGAUUUUAAAUGGAGGAACUUGCUCCUGAUAUGUUAUCUUAGCCCUUUUGGACAAGUGUUGUAACAGAUACUACUGCAAGUUUUUAUUGGUUAUUGAUGACAAUGUUAUUAUUGAUAUGCCUUUAUUUUAUAUGAAUCACAGGCAUGGGUUUUGAAUGAUUGAUUUGUGAUGCACCAAAGCUGACCAUGAGGUCUGUUUGACUUCCCAAGUGCACCACUGCAAAGUACUCACCUGCCAGUGUUAGACUCACAGUCAAGGUUUAGGGAUGUGUGUGUGUGUGUGUGUGUGUGUGUGUGUGUGUGAGUGAGCAUGUGAGCUUGUCCAGAAAUAAGAGGGUUUCUUUUGAUAAUAAGAGAAAUUCAUAUUGUGUUGUGAAUGUUAUUAAUCAUGUGCACCUUUCAUACCUUUUAAUGUUAGACUAGGAACAUAACUUUAAACCUGUAAUACAAUGCAAAUGGCUGUAGUACUGUGCGAGUGUCUGUAGUACAGGGUGAGUGUCUGUAGUACAGUUCAGUGACUUGGUGCUCUGGGGAGCCAUGGGAAUGUAUGUCUUUCUCUGGGCAGUAAACCAAGCCAUUAGUCAUCAUGAGAAGCACAAACGCAGCUCAUCACUCAGACUGUAAAGGAAAAGUUCAGUGUGAAGAACAGUGUGAAGAGGUGAAGCUCCAGGUGGGGUGUGUCCAUCUCACAGCAGGAGGAAAUAUCCUGGAAUCGACAUCUUUUCUAGUCAGGCACCACUCACUGAAAAUGCUGCCAGAAACAAUAUGAAGUGAUCUUAUCAUAAACACUACUUUGUGUUUGCUUUAAAAGAACCAAUUGCCAUCAGUAAUGUGUUUACAAGAGUCUAUAUAGAACAGUCAUGGCAGAAAGUUGAGAACAGAGUUUUCCUGUGAGCUUAGCAUGGAAACAUAGCCUAAAGGUUUGACUCAUGAGCCAAAGAUGACACAGAAAAGUCAGAGAUGAUUAUCAAAGAUUAUAAUUUUCUUCACUGUGGAUCAACUUUAAAGUGCCUAUAAAUAGUAGCAGCAUUAAAAAUAAAGGGUGCUCUCUUACGCCCAGCUCUGUCUGUGCAACAGUAGAAGUGCCAAAGAACGGUGUAUUUCAUGGCAAGCCUUUUCUUUUGAAACUGAAAACUUUAAAUGAUACACUUCGAGAUUACAAUGUCUUAGUUUUCUGAAGCAGAUGAUAAUCUUAGUUUGAAAAACAAGCAGAUUAUUUCUGUAUGAAACUAAGGUUAGUGCCAAGUUAUAUGUGGAGGCUGCUAUCACACAAAUUUUCAUUAUGAGCUGUUUUUUUUUCCAUUUCAUACUGCAAGGACUUUUCAUUUGUAAAUGAAACAAUGCCCUACACGUGAAUAAAUGAAACCACACCAUCUUGGCUCAUGUGAACUUCCUACUCACAGUUUAACCUGUGACCUUGAAUGUGUAUGUUGGCAACACAUGUUUUAAAUAAAGAUAUUUAAUUUUACACA